AUGGAAGCCUUGGGUGGGGCAGCUUCGGUAAUUGCUGUUUACAAUCAGCUGGAAGCAUGUAUCUCCAGCCUUCGUCGACUCUACAGGAAUUUCAAAUUCGCGAAACAAGAAGUGCGUCAGCUGAUAGACGAGGCAAGCGCUUGUCAAAGUCUCUCUGAAAUUUUUGACGACAUCUGUCGGCCCAUCAAAAGCAAAGUGGUAGAGCUGGCCCGUCAAAAACGACUUGAUGAAGCGUUGCAGUCUCAGGUCACUUCGGCUCACGAGCAAAUUGACCACAUGACGACUAAACUCAAGCCUCUGAUGGAAAACGGUAGACCUGGCCAACUUGAUCAAAUUAUAGCAAAGGUUCGGUGGCAUUUUACGAAGCAUGAGGGACAGACUUUACUGGUCACACUUGGCACUGUGAAACACAGUCUCACCCUACUGGCGUGUCUUUUGGCCCUCGACAACUCUCUCUCGAAAUUGUCGCAAUCUUCAGCAACAGCUCAAAACUACGAUAUGCUUCUCAAUCAGAUAAAUCGGCUGAACAAGAUGGUAAAACGCCAAAACAAGGCUCUGACCAAAUUGGUCGACGGAAUGAAUCAUACGGCUCAGAACAUUGAUAAGAUAAAAUGGAUUGCCAGCACAAGAUCCAUGGUCUUCAUCGUUCAGCAGAUCCAAAAAGAGCCUGUCGCUGAAGCACGGGCAGCCAUAGCGCGUCAACGCCCGGAUCCUUCACGUGCCCCGACCCAGACACGGAGGGUUCGGGAGUCCACAGUCAUACGAAACUCAGCAUUCAGAGGACUAGCCAAUGAGAGAUUGCUUUCCGAAAACGUUUCGGUUCACUCAAUGGCAUCCCGAGACCUUCCCGAGGCAUCACGUCAGGCACAUUCGAAUGAUUCCAGCGAGCGUCGGAGGCACCGCCGAAGGACCGUGCUAGAGGAUUAUGGCGACGGUAAUAGAGAACGUUAUGAACGAGAUCGAUCUUCGUCUCCGACGUACAAUGGCUACGAUAAUCACACCCUAUUCGUUCCCGUGCCCCCUUUCACUCUAGAUGAUUUGAAUUCGAGGAGCCAUAAAAGGGGUAGCCGGGGAGGGAACGAUUGA